UUUGGCAAAGGUAUUUUUCAUACCGGUUAAUGUCCAAGCCCCCAACUCCAACGUACGAGUUUUAAGAAACAGGCCUCCGGACUCGUAAUUUGGUGUAUCAUUUCAAAUACCUGCUUUUCAAUACUCUUCUAUGACCUGUAAUAUUGAAAAGGUGAUGCAGGCACUAACUUUUAAGCGGCAAAUGGCUUUGAAGACUUUCACAACCUUGCAAUUUUUUCCUGUUCAAUUGGUAUGUUCGUCUCGACUCGUGCGAAUCAACAUGAGACAUUUUCUUGCAAUGUGUUUCUUUCGAGUUAUCCAAGCCCAAUUUGGAGUCCCGACCGAUCAGUUAUGUUUCCAUUCCACACCAAUCUCCCCUGCCAUAUUCGAAAAGGACAAAAUAGACGAGUUUCCUAACUCUGGCUCUGUCACCCAAUGUGCCAUUCAAUGCACUCGUUUGAGAAAUUGUUCUCGAUUUAUGGAUGACGGAAAUAAAUGUCAUCUUCUUCAGAAAGCUCCCUUUCUCCACGAAGUGGAUAGAAACGGCUCACUUGUUCAUGUUCAUGAGAUCCAAGAAUGGUCACACAUCAUGAUUUUGGGCGGUUAUGUUACUGACGGAGGCGCCAUAAAUGACAUUGAGGUUUUAAAUCUGAAAACCAUGAAGCAUUGUUCAAAUCCCUUCCAAUUACCCGAGGGUCGCUACGGUGGGGCAACUUUCAUUCUGGAUGGACACCUCAAUUACGCUUUGGGUGCGGAUAACGACGGCGAGAGAACGGACACUUUUCAACUCGAUUUCCGUUACGGAACAUGGAAAACUACCAACCUUUUGACUCCACCAGUGGUUUAUUCUAUAUCAACUCAGAUUGAUCCCUCAAGGGUUCUCUUGGUUGGCGGACAAAACGUUUCGAGAACAACUAUUGUGCAUUCUAAUGGAUCCGUCUUUUCCGGACCACCAUUACCGCACGACGUUUUUCGGCAUUGUGUUUUGGGUGUGGAUGAGCAACACAUUUUUGUGGCGGGUGGAGUGAAAACAGGCAUUGGCCGAACCAAAGAUACCCUGGUGCUCAAUUGGUCGGAACAGGUAUGGGUGGCACAAGACCCAAUGGUCCAUUUCCAUGGGUCCGUCGCUUGCGACACUUUUUUGGAUGUCAGUAAUCGGUUGAGUAUUCUGGUGGGUCAGAGUUCUUUUGAAAUAUUCACUUGGUCGACGCGGAAAUGGCGAGAAGGUCCCGAAAUGCUCGAGGAUUACAUAUGGGGAAGUAUGAUACGAUUUGAUGGCAUCCUACAUUUCAUGGGUGGGAAGGAAUCAUCUGGAUCUGCUAGGAGCAGAAAAAUCUUUUCAUUCGAUCCAAAACACGAAACAUGGUCAAGAGUACCGUUGGAUCUACAAACAGGGCGAACCAGUUUUGGGAUUGCUAAGAUCCCACCUGGUGUUGUGAACUGUUAAGCGGAGGCACCUAUAAAUAAAAUCCCUGUGAGUUAGAGUGCCUUUCUUUUACGAUGGAAGUCAAGUCAAAGAUGCACACGGGACGCCGUCUUUGAAUGAAUGAAUGAAUGAGUUAUUUAUUUCUGGUCGCAGGAACACGAGAUAUACAGCUUUAAAUGUUUAUGGUUCCUAUUGAUCGACCUUGCGGAUUAUCAUAUUCCACGUCACAUGAAGAUAUGUUUCACAAUGUCUUUGUUGCUUCUUUGGAUUCAUAUUUGUUAUUACUGACUAGAUAGGUUCCAGGCCUUGAUUAUACUUUUCACUUUAGCUUUGUUUUCUUCCUCCCUGAUGUGCACAGGCGGUCUUUCCCAAAUUUCAACAAUUCUGGUAAUAAUUGCCUUCUUGCUUGGUUGCAUGGGGAGGGCAGGCUCUUGACGAUCUAUGGCCUGUCUUCUUUUCACCCGCAUGAACCUCCAUUCGUCCAGUUGUAAGUGGAUGAUUUAACCAGUCUUUUCCACAAUGCCAAGCCAGCAGAGCUAUCGCACGCAUUGCAAUAACGUAUAUAGAAACCUGGUUUGUUUUCUGUAGAAGUUCUUUAUAUUCCACGUGUUUUAUUGUUGGUAUAUUCAGGGCAGCUUUCAUGGCCGCGGAGUGGAGAGAACUUAUCUUCCUCAAGACUGGAUCAUUCGAGUCGAGUGCGUCUGAAAUGACCUCAAGCCCGUAUCUGAGUUUUGAUGUAAAAAGUGGUUCAAUCAUUCCUACGACCACCACUGAUGGAAGCUUCCAAGCUAAGCGACGCAGAAUCCCGAUUCUCUUCCGUAACUCGGGCUCCAAAUUAUUUACAUGGCACUUCCAAGAUAGAUUUUUGCUGAAAGCGAAUCACAUUAUCCGCCUACUUACAAAAAAGUAAU